AUGUGCCAAAAGGGUGGUCAGGAAAUCCCCGCUCUCAAUUUUGUAGUCAAUGAAAGAGAAGAAUUUUUAAAUAUUUUUAAUUAUAAGAAUGUCAAAUGCUUUAAGUCCUAUAACUACAUCUACAUUGGACAAUGUAAAAAGGAGAACGAGCCUCACGGAAGCAAAGAAAGCGACUAUGAUUUGGUGUGCAAAAAAGGCGAAGAUAUUAAAAAAAUCGAAACGAAAGGCUUCACAUUGAGCAGAGAAAAAUCAGACAAAAAGAAGAAAAAAAAAUGCAACAAAUAUAUAAAAGAUGGAUACGGAAUUUUAAUAACGUUAAAGAGAAACACCUUUGGUCAAGAAGUAAUUGCGAACAAGUUUAUUGGUAACUGGAAAAAUAAUAAAAAAAGCGGAUUGGGAUUUAAUUUAUAUUUGAAUAGGGAUGUCUAUUAUGGGUAUUACGAGAAUAAUGCAAGAAAUGGUUGGGGCCACUUCGAAUGGAGAGACAAUCAAUCAAGUUAUGAAGGGAACUGGGUCAACAACAAAAUGAAUGGAAAAGGGAUAUAUAAAAGUAAAAAUGUCUUAUUCGAUGGAGAUUUUUAUAAUAAUAAAUUUCUUAACUCUUCUGGGGAAUGGAUAGAUGUGGUAGCCAUGGAAGAGGAAAAAACAAAAAUGAGUCUUCUUAAAGAGUAUCUAAUUAAUGGUGAUGAGAUGAUCGAUUUAGUUUGCCUUCCGUUUGAUUUCUUAAAAAGUCAUUUAAAAAAAAUUGCAGACCUUAUUAAGUACAAAUAUAACAAGGUACCUUUUUUUAUGUGUUCCAAGGGUUUUAUCGAGAAGCACAAAAAUUUUAACUUGUCUAAAUUUAUAUUUUUAAGUUAUUAUUUUGGUCCUGAUGAUCCAUUUUGCGAGGAGAGCAAUUAUCAGCUUCUCUUCAACGGUGUACAAAAUGAGGAGGGAAAAAGAAGCCACGGGGGGAAUUCAAAAGUAGGUCGGGAUGAUCCAAAUUUGAAGUCAUUCCGGAGUGGCACCUUUUCCCAUGCUGGUGAAGAAGGAGAAGGUGAUAGCAGUUCAGGGGAGUCUAGUUGCUCUAGCGAUUCUGAUCAGUCAGAUGAGUCUUCCAGCUCUCACGCGAUUAGUUCUUCCGAUUUUUCAAGCGGGGAGAAUGAGGGGAGUGUUAAAGGUGGAAUGCCCCCAUCCAACUCUUCGAAUUGGUCCAAUGGGCGGGUUCAUUCCAACGCGUCUGCCUCUUCGCAUUGCUCGCAGCUCUCCAGGCUGUCUGCCAUCACCAACAGCUCGUACAAUUCAAAGUGGAAGGGCACUCCACAGGACGAUUUAUACCACUUAAAAGCGCACUCCAUGAAUAACGCCGAUAUAACCAGAAAUGAAAGAAAGGACAGUAGCGAGAGUGACCUGAAGGAGUACAUAAAGAAUGCGAAUAAAUUGAAUGACUUUAAGGAGGAAAUCUUGUCCGAAGCGCCACCCCAGCUUAGUAACAGCUGUCAAAAUGGAAUGAACAUCAACUCGGACAGAUGCAAUGAAGAUACCUGCUACGUAAUGGAAGAAAGGAAAAAGAACGAAAUGUACCAACUGAUGAACAAGUACGUGCAUAUUUAUGCCAAUUCGGAAGGCACGUCCAGUGAGUAUUCGAUAAAGCCCAGCGAAACGGAAAGCUCAGAUGAAGGGGAAGAAUCCCUCAACGUGGAAAAUAAGGAAUAUUUUGCUCGAACAACGUGUGAUGGGAACGAACAAUCCGGAGGAACUAAAGAGACGGAUGGGAAGGAAACAGUGGUAGAAAAUACCAACCAACAAGUGAAUAACGCAUGGUCAGCUGAGGGUAAUACGAGUGGGCCCAAUCCCUCGGAAAGUAGUCUCCAUCUCAAUAUGAGAAAAAGAAAAAUCGAGCAGGAAUUAUGCAAGAUAAAAAUAGACACUCAGUUUUUGGAAAAAAUAAAGAAUUGCAAUCUCACAUGUAUAUACAAGAUAAAGCAAAAAAUUGCAACGUCCAUGAUGAUGAAGUACCCAUUCAUUUUUAGCUUAAGCAUAAGUGAAGACAACAAUAAGUAUGAAAAUAUUACUAAGGAAUUCCUUUUAGAGAGUUGCACAAUCCCUCACUCUUGGAUAUUAAAGAAUUAUUUUGGAAGCACAGAGAAUAAACUACCAGAGAAAAUAUUUUCCCCUCCUUUUUUCGAUUUUUACAAUUCAAAUAUGAACAAGCCUAUGCACUCCCAUUUUCAGAGUGCGCAAAAUAACGACAGCGUGGACAACUUUAAUGGUGGGGAAAUUUCGCCGUUGAAUUUUUUCCUCAUCACAGAUUUGUUAGUAGGGGACACCAAAGAUAUCAAGCAAUUAAAACGUUUAGUGAGGGACAAAUUAAUCAAUGUUUCGUUUUUGAGUAACUUAUUUUUUGUCAUCCUCGAGUAG